UUCUGCCGUAUAUCUUCGCUAUAUUCUCAAACCCAUCAAUUUUGACACCUUUUCUCCUUUAUAAACAAAUCCCCCUCCCUUUUUUUUUUUUUUGUUUUUUAAAUCGCAUCGCAUGAACUUAAACUACUUUAUUAUGUAAAAAUAAAAUGAAAAAAACGGCUAGUAGUUUUUGCAUGUGUUUCGUUCCAGUUGUUUCGGAUAACGGUUUGAUGAUUGGUAAAGGAUCGAAGAAGUCAUCAUCGUUUUCGUUGUCAGAAGUUAAAACGCUUCAUUUUCCGGCGGCGAACGUGGUGGAUUCCGGCGAAAAAGACAAAGAUGGUGUGGGUUCUUUUGGUCGGAAAAAUAAAUCCGGUCGUCAGAGUCUAUCUCGUUAUGUCAAAGCCGUCUUCUUUGGAACUUCCCUGAUGAAGAAAAUGCGGAGUAAAAAAUACAAAUUUAAAUCCAAAUUCAAAUCUGAAUGGUUGAAUUCAAUGCACAACAAUAAUGUGACAAUUGAGGACGUUGAUCACUCGACAAGAAGCAUGUCUUCCAAGUUUUCAUCUUGUUUAUCAAAAUCAAGUUUGAGUACCAAUUCAUCAUCAACAACAUUAUCAUCAUCUUCAUCAUCAUCAUCAUUAAGGACAUCGUCAGGCCGUUUAUCUUCAGCAUCACUGCCCUAUGAUUCGAAGCCAUUGAUGUCCAAAACUGUGGGAAACAAUGGUGUGGAAGGAAAGCUUGGAAAGGGCAAUGGAAAGGGGCGCCAUGGUUUCAAUGUUGGUGUAUGUUGUUUGCUUCUCGUUAGCCUAUUGGUUUUGGUCAUAUGGGGUAAAGUUUGUGCCAUUUUCUGCACCUCCGCCGUGCUCGUCUUUGCGAACCGGUUGGUCACUUCUAUUAAACAAGGUCCAUCGGAUAACAUUGCGGUUGAUCAUCGUAUACCCGAGAUUGGUUCGGAACAGUACAAGAAGAAGAUUAUCAUGGAAGGGUUGCUAGAAAGGAACCAUAUUCGAAAUUUAUAUUGAUAUGUAUUUACUUUUGCAAUUUUGUCCAUGUUAUUUCAAUUUGUAAUAUCAGGUUUUAGAGUCUCAUAGGAAAUGCCAAUUGUACAAAUAUGUGCAUAGUGCUAUAAAAUGGGAACAGCUUGAUACGUAAUUGAUAGCAUGCAUUAUUUAACU